ACGAGCCUUCUUCCCCAAACCUUGUGUUACAUCAUUAUCUUCAUUUAACCCUAUUCUUUUUGCAAUAUUCACUUUUUCUUCUCCACCAUCGACCUCAACAUCCUUGCAAAAAGAGGCAAAAAGUCGCAUUUAUUGAUCCUUUUAGUUUGAUGAGAAAUAUUGCUGUCUAACCGCCCAUCUCAUUUUGUCCAAUUCUUUCUUGUUUUCACUCUCUUUUUUUUUUAUGUGCAUAGUCGAUUCUUCUAUAUUGGAUCUGUCUUCGUAAAUCCUCACUUUUUUUUGCCUUUCUUUUUCUUUUCACCCUUGACAUUGUUUAUUCUACCACAUUGUAUUGUAUCAUUCAAUGACGACUGUAUCUGCGAACGAAGCUUCCGAGCCUCUGUGCAUUGGUUGUCAUUUAGUCAUUGAAGAAGGAUCGGUCAUUGCUUUCGGUGAUGCCUUGUUUCAUUUGGAAUGUUUUACUUGCGCCAAGUGUGCUCGCGAAGUUGAUUGCAGUUCCAAUUUAUUGUUACUCAACGAUGGACGACCCUUGUGUGAACAAUGCUCUUACAUUUGUGCCGCAUGCAAACAACCUACGCAACAUGAAGCCAUCAUGAUUGGUGACGAGGUGUACCAUGCUGAAUGUUUUCGCUGUGUUUCAUGCAAACAAGUGAUGUCCGAUCUUAUAUUUGCGCAAACAAGUAGAGGAAUCUAUUGUCGUCCAUGUCAUCAUCAGCGUAAAGCCGAAAAGCUGCGUCGAAAAGAAGAAAAGGAGAAACGAUGGCCUGGUGCAAGCAAAGGCUCUGAGGUACCUGCCGUGGAUACUUCGACGAUUACCCAAUCUGGCAAUUUUGGCCGCCAUGGUCACGCAAGCCGGAUCCUCGACGCGCAAAUGGUCACCGACUAUUUGCAAAUGGAAAGAGCUGUGGCCCAUAUGACGAACGAGUCUACUCUUAGCGUUGUUCACGAACUAGGUCCUCCCACUCCAGUACGUUCACGGAGUAGUUCCGUUGAAGCCACUAUGCGAUCGUCCUCCAUCAAUCCCCAACAUGCACCACCCACCCUUUCACGACGUCCUUCACCUUCCCGUUCAGAAAAUAGUUUGUCGCCUCUUUCCACCUCGUCUUCAGCCACUUUAUCCAUCAACACCGCGUCCGAUCGUACUUUUGAAAGUAUCUAUCAGUUAAAAGACGGCAGUGUCUCCAAAGGCGACAUCAACUCUUCGCUGGAUCUUUCAACUGCUACCAUUCCUUCUCUUAAUCUUUCCUUCUUUGACGAUGAUUCCAGCAGUCUUUCCAACUUGACGCUUUCCCUCGGUGCUAAUCUGUCGUUACCGCGUACCACGUCGCAGCCAUCCAACCAACGUACCGUGAAAAAGAAACCUUCUUCCAUUUUGACAAGCAAAAUCAACAAAGCAUCCGAACUAUUAUCCUCGACUUUACAACAAUCAUCAUCGUCGCAUGCCACCAAACAGUCCCCCUUGGACGGAUUCCCGCAACCACCGAGCCAUGCAUUCAAAAGUUUAAAUCUCGAUUCCGACAUCAUUCCUACCGACCGUGAAUCCGUGCUUCGACUCCGCAACGAACUAAAAGCUGCGCGCGCUCAGCUUGGAGACAUGGAAACGAAUUUCUCCAAAUUGAAGGAAGCGAGUCGUCGAGCUUUGGAUGAAUUUACUCGAGCCAAGGAAGAAUUUGGGAAAGAAGUCGCGCUUCGUCAACAACACGAGUAUACGAUGAUGCAAAUGAGGCAACAAAUCACAGUGCUUCAGAGAGCGAAAUCGGGCAAGGACGGUGACCUCGCCCUUUUAGCGAAAGAUGAGAUUGAUCAUUUGGCCCGUGUUCGUGUCGAAUUGGAGAGAACCUGCAAUGAACUUCACAGCUAUCGCAAUAAUAUUGCCAAGGAAAUUGAUCGCAUGGUGCAACAAAAGCAAGCUGGACUUGCAAGUACCACGGACGGAUCGUACAUUAUAGACCAACAGCAAAAAGCGCUUCAGAAUCAAGUGAAAUCAUUGACUUUGCAACGCGAUACUCUACAAAAAGAUACCGAGCAAUUGAUGGAAAUCCGUGAAGAAGUGAUUCGUGAAAUGAUUCUGCUGAAUACGAAAAAUGCGGAAUUGACAUCGAUGAACAACAGUCUUUCUUUGCGAUUAACCGAGCGGGGAGAACGCGAGGGAGGCUAUCACAAUGAAUCCAUCGUGGCCAUGCAACGUGAGUCCAGCGAAACUUCGUCAGCCAAAGAAAGCAUCGCCUCCCGCGACAGCUUCCAAGGCAUGCAUUCACCCAAAAUGUUCAAAAUCAAAAAGGGCAAUGUGUGGGGGAAAUUUGGUGCUGGGAAAUCAAACAAGACCGAGCCCGUUAACACAGUGUACGGAGAAAAGGGAGCAAUGUACAGCUCUUCGUCGACUAGUCUCAGUUCCAUGCAUUGGCCGACAGAACGUACGCGCCAAGGAUCGAAACAAUCUCAAGAGACACCCACCCAUGGUACUCAUGCCUUCCAGCCCACCUCUUUCUUACGUCCCGUCAAAUGCGGUGUUUGCAGUGAGAAAAUGUGGGGCCGUUCCGAAUAUCGAUGCCAAGGUUGCGGAUUUUCAUCGCAUGCAAAAUGUUUAAGCCAUGUUCCUCAAUUAUGCUACGCAAGUACACAGAGUACUUUUGAACUGACUAGUCCUUCCUGCGAUGAUUUCUCCACAAAAUCUGUAAGCAUGUUUGGUACGGAUUUAUCAAAGCAAGUCAUGGUGGAAGGUCGAGCGGUGCCUCUGCUUGUGGAAAGAUGCAUUGCGGCCGUAGAGGCACGUGGCAUGGACUAUGAAGGAAUUUACCGCAAGUCCGGUGGAGCGGCUCAGAUGCGUGCGAUUAUUCUUGCCUUUGAACACGGCGACGAUAUCGAUCUAGAAGACAUGCAGGAAUACAAUGAUAUCUGCGCCGUCACCAGCGUGCUCAAGCAAUACUUUAGAGAAUUGCCAGAUCCGCUGCUGUCAUACGAUCUGUAUCCGCAAUUCAUCGACGCAGUGUCCAUGAACCCUGGACCGGAGAAAACCGACAAGUUUAUCGAAUUGUUAUCGCAGUUACCCAAAGCCAAUUAUGAUACCCUGCGUCUACUCGUACAACAUCUUCAUUGUGUACGAGAACGAAGCAGUGAAAAUUUGAUGACGACCAAAAAUCUGGCCAUGGUGUUUGGACCGACCCUGAUGCGUGACAGAGAUGCGUCGCGAGAUUUAUUGGAUAUGAGCUACAAAAACGCUACCAUCGAAUACAUCAUUAAUCAAGCCAACGACAUCUUUACAAAGUAGACAGCAAGUUGACCGGAUCCGCCGCUUCAUUGAUCUGUGAAGUAUCCUCUUUUCAUAUCUUUUACAUUUACGUUCACACUAUAAUCAUCCUCAUUUUCCCUCCGUUCCAUUUAUUCCCCAUUUCCCUGUUUCUAUUCUACAUCUCGUUUUACCCAUUUUAUUCGCUUUUUCUUGUAGUGUAUUGUAUGUUUUUUUUUGCCGAUUUGUGUGUAUUUCUUUUUUUUUUUCUCCCUUCCUUUUUCCUUAUUUUUUCUUUGAGCUACCCUUUUUGUAAUAUUCUCCCAUUACGUUGAAUAAAUAUACGUUUGAGAUAUAUAAA